CGCGCAUGCGCAAGGUUUUUUGUUUUUUGUUUUUGUCUUUUUUCCCGUGGCUCUCCGCGGCGCGGGCAAUUUGUAGGUAAUGGCGGAUGCUUGGUUUCCGGAUUACUGCAAAGGAUGCUCCUCUGCUAGCUGUGCAUGUGGCGACAAAGGCAAGUGGAGCGACUCCUCGCUGUUAGGCAAGCGGCUCUCCGAAGACUCGGACCGCCACCAGCUGCUGCAGAAGUGGGCGAGCAUGUGGAGCUCCGUGAGCGGGGACGCGUCGGUGGCCUGCACGGAAAGGACGCAGCGCGAGGAGGCUGCGGAGCCGGCCGAGGAGGAGGACAGGCCGCUGGUGUUUCUGUGCUCCCGCUGCCGGCGGCCUCUGGGCGAUUCUCUGAGCUGGGUGACGAGCCAGGAGGACACCAACUGCAUCCUGCUGCGCUGUGUUUCCUGUAACGUUUCUGUGGAUAAGGAACAGAUACUGUCCAAACGUCAAAAUGAAAAUGGUUGUUGCUGCUUUGCUGACGCUGUGGCGUUUCUGUGCUGCAGCAUUCUGGAGCCUUUGUACUGCGCGGGGUGUUCACUCAGCCUUGGCUACGUUUACAGAUGCACACCUGAGGAUCUAGACUACAAGAGGGACUUGUUUUGCCUCAGUGUUGAAGCCAUUGAAAGUUAUGUUUUAGGGUCCUCUGAAAAGCAAAUUGUGUCAGAAGAUAAAGAGCUUUUUAAUCUUGAAAGCAGAGUUGAAAUAGAAAAAUCUCUAAAGCAGAUGGAGGAUGUUUUGAAAGCAUUACAAACAAAGCUGUGGGAGGCUGAAUCAAAAUUGUCCUUUACCAGUUGCAAAAGCUGAAAUCGGUUCCAAGUCCCCCUUCUGGAGUCUUCCACUGGUGGACAGUUGUUUCACACAUAGCGUUUCUUGUUAUAAUUUACUUCACUUCAAAUGGAAAGAAUUCUGAAUGGGCAUAUACAUUCUAUUCUCUUGUACUGGUCAAAUGAGAAGAAUCGUGGAAUUACUUUCCCGGCUGUACCUGAUGGUAGAAGGAGGAUUGUUUCCCAAAUUCCAGUUUUAAAGUCGUGAUACUUGCUGGAAGUGGCAUUUAGGGGUUUUUGUCUGGGUAACAAACUGCCGUGAUUUUCUAGACUGUUUUCUCUGUACCAAAUUCAUUAUUUUUUAUUUCCUAUUUGUGUAAACUUUAUUUCACCUUUAAUACUUUGAACAAUAUUUAAUAUUGAGUGGUAAGAAAAUCUUAGAGGUUUUUCUGCCCGCUAUGUGGUUGAAUCUUCUCUGAAACGAAUGCAAACAGCUCUGUGGAGAAACUGAUCAGCUGAGUCACCUGUCAGGACUGUUUGAAACCUUGCGCAGGAGCAGAAUAGCAUGUAUUCUAGUAGCCGCAGAAUUCCACUUAUCCUGUUUGUUUACUACUUUAUGCCCCCCAAAUCUGGCAGAAUAUUUACCAAAGUGGUAGUCAUUUCUGGGGGUGGGAUUCUGGGGAUAUUUUCAGCUUUCCAGUUUUCUAUAAUGUAGGACUUAGAGUAAGCACAUGUUAUUUUUAUAAUCAGGGAGAAAAUAAAGAUGAAAGCAAAAUGCUCUACAGUCGAUUUUUACAAAACUGCAUUAUUUAACUGAGCUCAAAAGUCCCAGUGCCCUGGGUUCCACACAUUCCAGGACGUGGCUGGGUGGCGGGCCUGCUCAGGCCUACAGAGUCGCCCCAGGGUUCCCCAGCCCCUCUCUACCUUCGAGUACAGAUGAGGCCACGUGACACUAGUACUCAGCGCGUGAGAGCCCCCCAGCUUCUGUCUUCCCGAUGACUUCUGAGAAUGCGUCAAGUCAUCACAGCAGAAGGUCCUGAGUCGUGACUUGAUCACGACAGUCACUGGGUUCUUUUCGAUAGGUCAGCAGCCUCUGAGAAGCUGAAACUAGCGAGCCCUCCAGGUCUGUUGACACCUACUGGCAACAGGACAGUCAUCCUGCCUCAGCAGGCUCGCCGAAGUCCCAGGGCUCUGUCCUUCUAGUGCUUCGGUGGCACUUGUGUCGAAGUUCAUUUGGAGCAGAUGGGAGAGCAUUUUAACAAUAAGAACAGCUAACUGGUGGCACGGGUAACAGAAUCCUCCAACAAUCACUUUCAGGGCCAUUCCAAAGAGGUAGGCAGUCUGGCUCCCCAGGUCCUUUUACCCUGUUCAUUCUGGGCCAGGAUUUCUAGCUAAUCCAAACAUUUUGAAAACUACUCAUUUCACCAGUGAAAAAUAAUUUCCACAGUGCUAACCAAGCUUCUGUUGUGGAUUGAGAGAGAAACAGCCCAAGUGCCUUUGUGGCUCCUCUAA